AUGGAAUAUCCUUCAAAAGAUGUCAUUGUAGGUGGUCAAUGGCUAGUUUUGUCCAAGAUUGGCGAAGGAUCCUUCGGAGAAGUCUUCAAAGUCAAGGACAUUGAUUCGAACCGUUUCUACGCAAUUAAGCGAGAGUCACUGGAGCUAGAAUGCCCUCAGCUACAUCACGAAAGUGUUAUGUAUGAUGUUCUAGCAGGUGGUCCUUGUAUACCAACAUGUCAUUGGUAUGGCCCACAUGAUGGCUUUGAUUGUAUUGUCAUUGAUCUGCUAGGCUCAAGCCUCAAAGAUCUUCAGACAACUGUAAGAGAUAUACCUCUGGAUAUUGUUAUUGAUUUGGGCUGUCAAUUGAUCUCAUGCUUGGAGCACAUGCAUGAUAGAGGCAUCGUCUACAGAGACAUUAAGCCCGAGAACUUUUUAUUCCCUGCCUCUUGUAUCCUAGGCGAUAACAUUGAAAUGAACUGGCCUUCUUAUGCCACUAAUGAUCCAGAAAAUAGCCCACCUCCUUCCCCUCCUUCAUGUAGAACCGUACUCAAUAACUGGGGAAAACAAACAUCUCUUUAUGCAGUUGACUUUGGUCUAGCUACUUGGUGGAGAAACCCUAAAACAAAGAAGCCUUAUCCUGAGUGCAAAAAGCCCAUCAAGUUCAAGACGGGUACUGCUCGCUAUGCUUCCUUGAAUGUUCAUCGUGGCCGCACACAUUCAAGGAGAGACGACAUGGAAAGCUUGGGAUACUUGCUCUUAGAUCUGCUUUUAGCGGGCGAGUUACCAUGGUCUGGUGUAACUGCUCGAAGCUCAAAAGUAGGAUGGGAUCGCUUGAAGGAAAUCAAAGAAGAAAUCUUACUAGAAGACAUGUGUCUCGGCCUACCUCAUGGCAUCAUGGAUUUCAUUGAUUACACUCGAAGACUUCGCUUCAACGAUCGCCCUGACUAUGAUUAUCUACGUAGACUCUUGCGAGGCUGUAAUGAAGCCGGCCCGUUUUCAAAAUUAGUUACCCCACAUCCUUACUCGCGAAUGAUACCUUCGCCACCUAAAUAUCAGCAUCAGCAGCAAAAGCAACAGCAACAGAAACAUAUCCCACAACAGCAUCAUUCGCAGCAACCUCGUCAAAAGAAAUACCAUACCAGAGAGCGUAGUAAUGAAUCAUACAAAAGGCCAUCUCGUCAUGUCUCUUACAAGUCGAAAUCACCAUCAAAUCACACAAACAGCAUUGGAGAUCAACAAGAUGAUGUCUUUGUUAUGGAUGACCUGAUGAAAGAACUGGCCCCCAUCUCAACCACUCCCUCGCCACCGUUACACACUCAUCAAGGCUAUCAAAGGAAACGGUAUGAUAAGAGUAACACAAAUCAACAUCGAAACAACUAUAGGUACCAUUCCUCUUCAUCUCAACAUCAGCAUUACUAUAAAUAUGGUCAACAUGCACAGCAAAAACGACAUCAGAACAGACAUCACGUCGGUUGGAAUAGCCAUAAGCACAGUCCUCAGCAACAGCAGCAACAGCAGCAGCAGCAAGAUCAGUGGGAAGGACAUGAUCCACACUACUCAGUCAAGAACAAUCUACAGACACCUUGA